AUGCUGUUCUAUAGAGUCGUAGACGGUCAAAGAGUAUACACUCUUAACGAAGAAGGUUCAUGCAAUGCUCAUCCUGCAAAGUUCUCUGUAGAAGACAGAUUCUCUAGGCAAAGGAUAUCGACAAAGGUAAAAUUCCAAAUCCCCCCAUUCAACAGCCUCAAGCUCGGCAUCUCAUCAGAUAGCAUUCAACAAUAA